UAACCUCUAUAAAUAUUGAGGUUAUUUAUAUUACACAAAUUUGAAUUUUGAAAUGUUUUAUACAAAUAAAUAAGUAAUCAAACAUAAUAUGAUAAUCAAUCGAGUAGCAGUAGCAGUUUCUGGAGGAGUUGAUAGUGCAGUAGCAGCUCUUCUUCUGAAAUUGAAAGGUUUCACUGUUGAAGCAGUGUUUAUGGAAAAUUGGGACAUAGCUGAUGAAAAGGGUUUUUGUUCUUCAGACGCAGAUUAUGCAGAUGCUGUUAGUUUAUGUGAAACAUUAAAAAUUAAACUUCAUAAAGUGAAUUUUGUCAAGCAUUAUUGGAACGAAGUCUUUUGUGAAUUUAUAAAAGAUUACCAGAAUGGAAUAACACCAAAUCCUGAUAUUUUAUGUAAUCGUCAAAUCAAAUUCAAUUAUCUUCACAAAUAUGCCUUGAAUGAUAUGAAAGCAGAUGCUCUAGCUACAGGUCAUUAUGCUCGUACCAGUUUUGGUCCAUUUUUAGAAAAUUAUUCUCCAGACAAGUCUGCAAAAUUAUUGAAAGCAAGAGAUGCUAAGAAGGACCAAAUAUUUUUUUUAAGUCAAGUUGAACAAAUGGCUUUGAAAAGAACCAUGUUUCCUUUGGGAAAUUACCUUAAGUCUGAAGUAAAAACCAUAGCACAGGAAAAUGACUUGGAAAAAUUUGCAAAAAGAAAGGAAAGUAUGGGAAUCUGUUUCAUUGGCACUAGAGAUUUUCAAGAUUUUAUUGGGGAGUAUAUAGAGGACAAACAAGGAGACUUUGUCGAUAUUGAUACAGGAAAAAUUGUUGGCCAACAUAAGGGACUGCAUCAAUGGACGUUAGGACAGAGAACUAGGUUACCUGGUUUUCCUAAAGCUUAUUAUACAGCAAGAAAACAUCUUCAUAAUAACGCGAUAAUUUUAGGAAGUGGAACAGACCACCCGUUUCUAUAUACCAAGUUGUUUUUUACAAGUAAACCUCAUUGGAUUACGGAAAAACCAAAGGAACUACAAGAAGAGGAUAUUUUGGAAUGCGAUUUCAAAUUUCAACACUCUCAUGACUGGGUCCCUUGUACCAUUUUUGAAUGUCCCCAAGGUUUGAUUGUUCAUUUGAAUUCAGCUAAGAGGGCUGUCACUCCCGGACAAUAUGCUGUGUUCUGUAGGGGCGAUGAGUGCUUGGGAAGUGCGAGGAUUAUUAAUACACCCAUCUCCGAGUUUUGUAUGGAGUAUGUUGAGAACAGUCGUGAUUUAAAAAUAAACAAGCAAUAGACUUUAAA